AUGGCGGUCGUUUAGUAAAUCGACUGUGCUCCGUUGAGAACGAACAACGAACAUGGCUUACUGCAUUUGCAAGUAGACUUGAGGUAGCAGACUAUCUUUUAAAUAUACUUUCAAAGAGUUAAUUCGUAAACAUGUCGUAGUUCAUACGCUUGAUAAUGGAAGAUCUCUGCAAUCAUGUCGACAACGCAGCAGAAUGUGGUUGUUCCUCUAAAUCAUCAACUUAUGCUCAGUCUCUCUCUGAAAUGGACUUUGAGAGAGGAAUAUGGCAGGCUGCGCUGGAUGGUAAUGUGAACAGAGUCAGGAAAUUAUUGUACAAGGGAACAGACCCUAAUGCAAAGGAUGGCUCGGGAUAUACAGCUCUGCAUUAUGCUAGCCGCAGUGGCCAUGAAGAGGUCUGUCAGUUGCUCCUGGAACAAGGAGCAGAUGUGAAUGCCCAAACCAGAUCAGGCAAAGUAACAUCACUACACAGAGCUGCAUACUCUGGUCACUUGUCGGUAGUGAAGCUGCUCAUCAAAUAUGGUGCUGAUCCAAGACUCUGUGACAGUGAUGGACAAAUCCCUCUGCACAAGGCUGCUGAAAAGUCGCAAAAGGAAGUCGUCAGGUUGUUUGUUGAUUUGGACUCCAGUCUUGUGAAAGUAAAAGAUAAAAAUGGAAGAUUACCUGCCGACCUGGUGUCCUCGAAAGAAUGUUCUUUGUUGAAUAUGCUUUAGAGAUGAAUCAUUUAACUUAUACCUAACAAGGUGCAGUCUAUAAUAAUAUUAUUUGUCAAGAUGCUCCCCUGUUUUGUUUGUUUGUUUUCAAAAAGUUUCUUUCCAUUUAUCAGGAUGAUAGACUAUGAGAAGUCCCUGCUUUUUGGGAAGUCUGCCAGUCAAGUAAAAAAAAAAUCAAUUUAAAAACAAUGACCAAAGUCAGUAUCUGAGAAACUGUGCACCUACCGCUCCCGUAACAAAAAAUUUACUGCUAACUUGUCAUCAGUUGACUGUACAGGUUGGGUUAGGGCAGGGGAGGGAAGGUAUGCUGUUGCUCAGAUACUGAUCCAAAAGAAGAAUUACAUUGAUGUUAGCUCACUGUGCAGAGCUUUGGGAGAGAAGCGCACAAAAAGUACUGCAACUAAUAUGCAUUACUUUUAAUGUACCUCACUCCUAGAGUUCUUAGGGGUCUGCUGACAUCAAACUUUUGUCAUUUAUUAUAAUAGCCCAUUUCCGAAUUACCCUUAGCC